AUGCACAAUUCAUGUCAAUCCUAUUUUAUCAUCAAAUUAUUGUUAUUCACGUUUCUAAUAAAUAUUGUGUCUUCGCGUCGAUUUCCAGAGGAAAGUUAUUUCUCAACGAAUUAUUUUGAAAAUCAACAAUAUGUAAAGAUAAAUGCUGCUUUAGAAAAAUUAACACAUACACCACAAUGGAUAAAAGAAUGGCCAGACUCGUCAGUGAAAAUGGGCCAAGUUUCAGGCGUUGCUUUAGAUGCUGCUGGCCAGGUCCUUGUCUUCCACAGAGCUAAAAAUGUAUGGGAUGGCACUACAUUCUCUGAUAGAAAUGUCUAUCAGGCAAUAGGCGAGCCCGCUAUACCUCACCCUACAAUUUUAGUAUUUAAUGAAACUGGCGGUCUUGUGGAUAUGUGGGGUGAAAAUCUUUUCUACAUCCCUCAUGGAAUAACAGUGGAUGGGGAAGGAAAUGUUUGGGUCACUGAUGUCGCCCUGCACCAAGUUUUUAAAUUCACACCUAACCUAAGAACUGAACCAGCAUUGACUUUAGGCGAGAAAUUUGUACCUGGCAAUGAUGAUAAGCACUUUUGCAAGCCAAGUGCAGUCGCUGUCCAUUCUUCUGGCGAUUUCUUCGUGUCAGAUGGCUACUGUAAUACGAGGAUUAUCAAAUACGCUCCUGAUGGCACUAAGAUACUGCAAUGGGGGCGACAAUUGGGCCAAACCCCGUUCACAUUCAACGUGCCUCACGCACUGACAAUCGCGGAAGACCAGAACGCUGUGUGCACUGCGGACAGGGAGAGGGGCAGAGUGGCCUGCUUUCGGGCUGAUAAUGGGACUUACAUACACUCAUAUUCCCAUUGGCUGAUUGGUCCCAGAAUAUUCAGCGUGGCCUAUGCCCCUAUACAAGGUGGACGACUCUACCUAAUAAACGGUCCGUCUAUGGGCGUCCCAGUGAGAGGUUACGUUAUCGAAUACACAUCUGGUCGGCUGAUACAGACCUUCGCUCCGGGUGCCGCAUUUCACAACCCCCACGAUAUCGCCGUCACUCCAGACGGCAGCACUGUUUAUGUGGUAGAACUGAACCCCUACAAGGCGUAUAAAUUUGUAGAUGAAGGGCUGAAAAAUGAUAGCAGUGGACAUGUUGACACGAAACAGAACGGCACAUUGCACGCUAAACCCACUGCGACUAUUGAAGCAAGCGGGGUGGUAGUAACUGGUGGCACGGCGUUGGAGGGGUGGGGCGGCGCAGCGGGAGGAGCUCUUGGCGCGGGGGGUGCGGCGUUGCUUGCGUUGGCGGCCAUUGCGUUGCUAAACGCGCGCAACCGCGGUCGCAAGGGUGUUUCUCGCCGACGGUGGGAGUACGGACACGGCGAGUUCAAGCUGCGACGUCUGUUGGACAGAAGACGGUUCACACGUGUUCACUCCGAUGACUCGGACGAGGAACCGGCGCCGAUGCUGCCUGCUCUACCGGCUACCGCAUGA